UCUGUUGUACGAUUGAUUGAUUGAUUGGGAUACUAUCAUCUUGUUGAUUGGUUUUGCCUCUGCCUGCGUCGGUCCUGGCUGUAGAUACUGACCGACCUGCCGCUCAUUUUCAACCUCUGCGAUUCCAUUCGAACCCCCUGGAUCUUAUUCUUACGACCUUUAUAAUCCCAUAUCGAUUCUCCCAUUCCCGACACCAUGGAAUGUUUUCGGCAGAUCGUUCGACUUGUCAAGUCCCCGUUUCAACGCGACUCGCAACAACAGCACAAGGUUCUGGAGAUCGGACCCCCGACCAACUUUCGCAAGGAGGAGCUGCCGGCCUUCUUCUCCGAUGACGACGCGCUGACCUUACAUAGCAAUGGUUCGGCAAACGAGAAAGAGGCAGUCAUCACGUCGAUGGAACGUCAGCCAUCCACCCGGGACAAGAUCAAGAACCACGUCCGACGACUGAGCGUCAAGACCCAUCGCCCGCUUCCUGAGCAUGAAGAAUAAGCCUGAUGCUCGUCCGAUGGAGAGAAGGAAGCCUCUGAGCACCGCCUGCAAACCCGGUCACCUGGUGCGCACCAC